AUGCUGGCUUCUCGGCUCCCCCACAAGGUCAGGCCGGGGGUGGGGCUCGAACCCGCGCCGCAGCGCGAGAGGCGGAGCGCCGGAAGCGGCCGGAGCACUUCCGGGUCAGCUGCCUCUCCCCGUCUCGCCAUGCUGCUCGCACGAGCCCUACGCGCCGCCGCCUCGCUGCGCCCCGCGCUGCCCCCGCGCCGCCCGCUCUCGUCCCUCCCGCCCCGCGCCCUCCUGCAGCCGCCGCCCUUGGCGCGCUCUCUCUGGCAGCGGAGCGAUGGCGGCGGGUGGCGGGCGGCGCUGCUCCGCCCGCGGCGGGGCUCUGCUGGCGCCGUGUCCUGCGGCUGCGGCGGGCUGCACACCGAGGGGGACAAAGCGUUCGCGCAGUUCCUGACUGAUGAAAUCAAGGAGGAGCGGAAGAUCCAGAAGCACAAAGCGCUGCCCAAAGUGUCCGGCGGCUGGGAGCUGGAGGUGCACGGCACCGAGGCCCGGCUGGUGCGCAAAGUCGCCGGGGAGAAGAUAACGGUUACGUUCAACAUCAACAACAGCAUCCCGCCCGCGGUGGACGACGAAGCACCGGAGGAGCAGAAACCUGACGAGCAGGAGGAGCCCGAUAUCACAUCGACUCCGAACUUCGUUGUGGAAGUCAUUAAGGACGAUACGAAGCAGACCCUUGUGCUUGAUUGCCAUUACCCCGAGGAUGAGGUUGGCCACGAGGGAGAGGAAGAAAGUGACAUUUUCACUAUUAGGGAGGUCAGCUUUCAGCCCACUGGAGAAUCAGAUUGGAAGGACACCAACUACACCCUCAAUACAGAUUCCCUCGACUGGGCUCUGUACGACCACUUAAUGGAUUUCCUGGCUGAUCGAGGGGUGGAUAACACAUUUGCUGAUGAGUUAAUUGAGCUCAGCACUGCACUGGAGCACCAGGAGUACAUUAAAUUCCUUGAAGACCUUAAAAGCUUUGUCAAAUGUCAGUAGGCUAGGAAACCAGUGUCAAGUGUGGGCAUUACACAGCAGUGCUCCAGCAGUACCACAGUGUACCUUCACAACAGAGACAGAGAGUGAGUAACUGAAUUUGAAAGUGAGCAUCAUGGGAGAGUGAGGAGCCUCACUUGUAUUUUGGGAUUUGUAUUUAUGUUAUGUUGCAGCCCAGAUCAAGUUCUCAGACAUUCAAGUCUGGACCUGCCUCACCCUACCUGCUGGAUUUUGUACCGUUAGGAAUGAAUGUGAGAAAUAAAAUCUGUUCAACAAC